AUGAUGGAUGAUUACGAGGUAAGCACUCUUAAACAAAAGCUCCCUUUAAUUGCUUCCCCAUUUGCUUUUACAUGAUGCUGAUUUAGGUCCCUGUUUGCUGAUACUGUGACAAUUUCUCUCUGCAUGCUUUCAUGAGUUAGGCUUGAGAUUGAAUUUAAGAUGUAUAGCAGCUUGUAAAAGAGAAAACAGAUAGGCUGGCUGUUCAUUUCAGCUAUUUCCACUACCAAACACUGUAAAAACAAACAACCUUGUCAUAACCAUUAACCAAAUGAGGUUAAGGGGGUAAGCAUGCAAAGCUAAUGUGUAAUAGAAAUAUAUAUUUCUAGAUACAUAGAAUCAAAGAGUUUUAGAGUUGGAAAGGACCCUGAGGGUUAUCUGUUCUCCUCUCUCUCUCUCUCUCUCUCUCUCUCCUCCCAGUCUUAUCUGCUGCAGAACUGGACACACUACUUCAGUGAUCUCACCAAGGUAAGAUAUUGCGGUUCUAUUACUUCCAUUGUUUGGGACACUAUAGUUCUGUAGUCUAGAAUAGGUUUGAGAUUGAAUUUGAGGUGUAUAGCAGCUUGUAAAAGAGAAAACAGAUAGGUUGGCCGUUCAUUUCAGCUAUUUCCACUACCAAGCAUUGUAAAACAAACAAACAAACAAACAACCUUGUCAUAACCAUUAACCAAAUGAGGUUAAGGGGAUAAGCAUGCAAAGCUAAUGUGUAAUAGAAAUAUAUAUUUCUAGAUACAUAGAAUCAAAGAGUUUUAGAGUUGGAAAGGACCCUGAGGGUUAUCUGUUCUCCUCUCUCUCUCUCUCCUCUCAGUCUUAUCUGCUGCAGAACUGCACACACUACUUCAGUGAUCUCACCAAGGUAAGAUAUUGUGGUUCUAUUACUUCCAUUGUUUGGGACACUAUAGUUCUGUAGUCUAGAAUAGGCUUGAGAUUGAAUUUAAGGUGUAUAGCAGCUUGUAAAAGAGAAAACAGAUAGGUUGGCUGUUCAUUUCAGCUAUUUCCACUACCAAGCAUUGUAAAACAAACAAACAAACAAACAACCUUGUCAUAACCAUUAACCAAAUGAGGUUAAGGGGAUAGGCAUGCAAAGCUAAUGUGUAAUAGAAAUAUAUAUUUCUAGAUACAUAGAAUCAAAGAGUUUUAGAGUUGGAAAGGACCCUGAGGGUUAUCUGUUCUCCUCUCUCUCUCUCUCUCCUCUCAGUCUUAUCUGCUGCAGAACUGGACACGCUACUUCAGUGAUCUCACCAAGGUAAGAUAUUGCGGUUCUAUUACUUCCCUUGUUUGAGACACUAUAGUUCUGUAGUCUAGAAUAGCUUUUUUUGCUGCUACAUCACACGGUUAACUCGUAAAGCUUUUGGUCUACUACAGGCUUCCUCAACAUCAACCCUCCAGAUGUUUUGAGACUACAAUUCCCAUCAUCCCUGAUCACUGGUCCUGCCAGCUAGGGAUCAUGAGAGUUGUAGGCCAAAAACAUCUGGAGGGCCGAGGUUGAGGAAACCUGGUCUACUAAGACCCCUAGAUCCUUUUCCCAUGUACUACUGGCAAGUCAGGUGUUCUCCAUCUUAUAUUUAUGCAGUUGGUUGUUUCUGCCUGACAUUGGUACCUAUUCCAAUUCAUUUGUUGGUUCUCCAAUCUGUGAAGAUCAUCUUAAAUUCAUCAUACAUACACCAUGCUGUUAUACAAUGAUCAACAAUGUUAUUUGUUGAAAAAUGAUAUUUGAUUUGUGAAAUUGCAAAGUAUUUUUUUUUAAUUAAACUACAUUGUUUUUGCAUUAUCCUCCCUCCCCUUGACCUCUUUGCUCAUUUGGUCAGUUGUUAUUAACAUCUAUUCUCUUAAACCCAAAGUACCCUUGUAACUGGGUUGUAUUUGUGAUUUUAUUUAGACAUUAGAAAAUGAGCCUAGCCUUGGCAUGGGGUAAGUGCAUUUUUAAAAUGAUUUCAUGUUUAGUAUAAGCACUGUAUCCAUUCACUUCACUGUAAACCUGAGAAUGUAGGUGUGACAAAGCAUAAGUGAUUAAUAUGGAACAAUAUCUUAUAGAGUUUUCACAACAAUAGCCAGAGAUUUCUAUUUUGGAUUCUCUCAAUUUCUCAUGUUUCCAGUUCUUCACAUUUCUGCAGAAUUUUGAAUUAAAAAAAAAAAAAAUUUCCUCAUGUAUUUUAAAAAUAUUUUAAUGUAACUUAGAUGAAAGUUACAUUUGUUAAAAUAAAUAAAUUUUGUGUGCAGGUUUGAAUAAUGAGUACACUUUUGCAAGCAAUUUCCCAUAAUAUAUGCAUUUUUGUAGGAAUUUCUUGGCUGGAGAACUGCAUCAAAAAAUGCUCAUAAGUGUGAAUUUCAAAGAAAAAAUGUGCUGUUGUUUUGCAUUUUGGUUCAGGAAGUUCAAAUUAGAUAGUUUCUAAUUAAAAUGCAAAGAAAUUCAAAUCUAUCCGCCAUCUCCAGUUCUGCGAUUAGCAAAACCUUCAUAGCAACAAUCUCAGCUUGAUCCAACAAUCCUGUGUUCAAGAAAAAGGUUUAGCCCUUUGUCACAAAAAGUGGAGGGGAAUAAAUACCACUGAUAGACUUGCUCCCCUUCCCUUUAUUUAAAAUUUUCUGGAUUAAAGAAAAUUUUAGGGGCCGUUGUUACUAAAAAAUGGAGGGAAGACCACAGGAAGUACUUCCCCUUUUCUGAGAAUCAUUUCCUAACUCAUAAUCAUAGAAUCAUAGAAUUUUAGAGUUGGAAGGGCCCCAAGGGUCAUCUAGUCCAACCCCCGGCAAUGCAGGAAUCUCAGCUAAAGCAUCCAUGACAGAUGGCCAUCCAACCUCUGCCUAAAAGCCUCCAGUGAAGGGGAGUCCAUAAUCUCCUGAGGGAUUCUGUCCCACUGUCGAACAGCUCUGUCAGAUUUUUUUAUAUAUAUAUUUAGUCAGAAUCUCCUUCAACUUGAAGCCAUUGGUUUGAGUCCUACUCUCUUCCAUGUUCCAGCCCUUAAGAUAUUUGAAGAUGGCUAUCAUAUCACCUCUCAGUCUCCUCUUUUCCAGGUUAAACAUACCUUCAACUUCUUUUCAUAAGGAUUGGUUUCCCAAUCCUUGAUCAUCUUGGUUGCCCUCCUCUACAUAUGUUCCAGCCUGUCAAAAUCCUUCUUAAAUUGGGGUGCCCAAAAUUGGACACAGUAUUCCAGGUGUGGUCUGACCAAGGCAGAAUAGAGUGGUACUAUUACUUCCCUCAAUCUGGCCAGUAUACUUCCAUUGAUGCAGCCUAGAAUAGUGUUAGCUAUUUCCUAACUUGCUAAUGAAUCUCAACAUUUCACCUACUUUGUGUCAAUAUUUACUCAAUAGUUGUAAAAAUGGAAAAGCUACCAAACAGUUUACUUUGAAGGUUCCAGGAAAAUGUGUACCGCCAGAGCUAGACAGGUAUUGAUCUAGACAGGAAGAAAUCUUUGCUGCUUAGAUUGAUCACUGAUUGGGUCAUGCUGACUUUAGAGUUAAUGAAGGUGAACCAAGACAUCAUAUCAGGUACUGAGAUCUUUUUAUCUCUUCCAGGGAAAACUGUUUUGAGGAAACAGGUGAUUCAGAUGUAACCCAAAGCAACAGCAUAAUUAUCAUCAUUUGUAUGUUUAGCUUCCUGGGGAAUGGAAUGGUCAUCCGGCUUCGGGGCUUCCACAUUAAGAGGAAUCCUUGAAAAGAUACGAACCAGCUUAUUUUGAAGACUCACGAAAACUGUGUAGUGCCUUAGGUGGACAAGUGUUGAACUAGACAAGAAGAAAAUCAAAUUAUCUCUUUGCAAUUGGAUAAUCCUAACUUUUGAUGAUAGUUAAUGCUAUAGUUAGUGUAUAUCCAAAAAAGAUUUCCUAUUAUCUCUUCCAGGAUAGAGCAUGAAAAGCCAAAUCAGUCUUCUGGCGAUUCAGAUGAUGGCUCAACUGUUUCAUUGAAGUUAACCCAAAGCAUUGCCAACAGUGCCUUUAUCAUCAUCUGCAUCUUUGGCUUCCUGGGGAAUGGAAUGGUCAUCCGGCUUCUGGGCUUCCACAUUAAGAGGAAUCCUUUCACCACCUACAUCCUGAACCUCUCCAUCGCUGACUUUGGUGUCCUUGCAGCUCUCCUGACUAUUAUUUUGCCUGUUGUAACUUUCUAUGAGAAAUCUCAUGUUGCUUUUUUGUUUAGAAAAGUAUUGUAUGAACUAUUUUUCUUCACGUAUUCUGUGGGCCAGUUUCUACUGACCGCCAUCAGCAUCGACAGGUCUGUGGCUGUCCUCUUCCCACUUUGGCAUCGAUGCCACCGACCGGCACGUUCAUCCACCAUUAUUUGUGCCUUGAUAUGGACCCUCUCUUUCCUGCUCUCAGGCAUUCACCUUACUCUCCUACUGACUCAGAGCUUUCCAAACUCUAACCUAGUGUACCAGCUUAUUGUAAAUGCCCUCAUUUGCACUCCUCUGAUGGUCACCUCCACUCUGAUACUGGCCCUCAAAGUCUGCUGCAAGUCAGAGCAGAAGCAACGGGGGAAGCUGCUCACCACCAUUUUGCUUGCACUUCUUUUCUUCCUCAUCUUUGCUUUCCCACUAAAUGCCAUUUACACUGCCAUCUAUUUUAAUGAGAAGAAUAUGAUUCUAUUGGAAGUUGGUUUGUGUGUGCCUCUCUGA